CAACAUCCAAAGACAGAGUGAACAUGGCAGGAGGAGAGAAAUGCGAGUUUGAGCUAACUUUUUCGUUUACUCCUCUUCCCUCCAAGAAACUGCCCUUCCUACAGGACAAAGACACGUUAGCACUGUUAAUGAAAUGGUCCAUGCUGGGGAGGAUUUCAGCCGAGUCGUACAGCUUUGAUCAGACCUUUUACCCUUACAACAGUGAGAGGUUUGCACAGUGUUUCUUCAGAGAUCCUGAUGUGGUAUCCAGUCUGUCCAGGAAGAUGGAGGCCGCGGCCCGGGUGCCUCUCGACAAGCCAGUGGUGUCUGUUGACGUGGAGCCGGUGCUGUGCACAAAGGUCUCCAUGGAGUUGUUUGACCCAAUCUACUCUUGUGGAAUCCUGAGGCCCUCUGGACAUGUAGUUAAAUGCUUUCAUGAUGUCUACCCCGACUAUGAUGAACUCAGACAGAUGUUGCAGGAUGAGGACUCCGAGCACUACUACGUGGUUGGGAGAGCGGAGCGAGGAGAGUUUAUGUUUCGCCUCUUCAAGCACCUGUGUCUCGGAGGAGAGCUCUGUCAGUACGAAGACACUAUUGAUCCUUACAUCAGCACCACAAAGCGAAUCUACAAAGACCUGAUCAGUGUUCAGAAGGAUCCAGAGACUAAGAAGAUCAGUGUUGUCUCCACAGUCCUCAGAGUCUGUGCCUACGAUGAGUCUGGGCAAUGUUACCCCGGGAGACGAGAGGAGGAGCAGACGUUUGCCUAUUUAAUUAUCGACCCCUUCAAACGACAUGUGACUUUGUUCUCCCACUGCUACGGUGUAGGCAACUUCACAUUGUGAAUCAUUGUCAUCAGACUCAUGGUGGAUGUGACAGGGAGCGUAAAGAAUGACUUCACUCUGCAGUCAGUUAGCUUUCCUAUUUCACUGUUGUGAGAAAUUUGAUUAAAAUCCUUCAAAUGAAGAACACACCAGAAAGCAGUCGCAGUGUACACGAACGAAUUCCCAGUUUGAGUUACAAAGGAGAAGGAAUAACUAUUUUGUUCUAUUAAUGUAUGUCAAUAAAA